AUGUCCAAUUUAUCAGCGAAAACAUCACCGAUAGGAGCACGACGCGUACGAACAGAUUUGAAAACAUCUGAAAAUAUUUUUCUUGCCAAGUAUAGCAAUCGGUCAAGAAAAACCUCACCAAUUGGCAUAAAACAAGUGCCAAACCACUACCAACAACAGCAGCAGCAGCAGCAAAACCAUCACUUCAAGGAACAAAACUAUUACCAACAAACGCAUAGGUCCAUUGUACCAGCAAUAAGUCAGCAGGAACAGAAGCAGCACAACACACGCAUACCGAAAGCAACUGCCAAUUUAGCGCAAACUCAAAGUUCAAGGCGAACUUCAACAGCAACUGUUGCAACUAACAGAUACUCUAUUGCCGCAAAUGCCUUUAGCAAUAUUAAAUGUACAAAUUAUUUAUCCACAAGUGCGCCAACAGAUACAUAUGCAACGGUUCCGAGUGCUCACUUGCCCGCACGUGCAACCCGUCUACUCAAUCGUUCUCGCCUGCAACAACAAUGUCCCAUUAGCAACGCCGAUUCCGACAGUUCCAAGUCUGCACACAGUGUACGACGCAGUGUGGCUGCAUCACGUGCUUCCUCUGCUUCGACAGCAUCGAAUGCCUCAUUGCACCGCAACACACAUCUGCAUCAACGGGACUCACACAGCUCCUCGGACGAUCUCAUGCUGUAUGAUAAAUCAUUUCGGAAUGCAAUGAUACAGGAGGUACUGCAAUUUAAAAAGCAAUUGUUGCGUUUGCGUCGUAUACUGCAGGAGGAUGAAGACGGUUUGACGAGGGUACGUUAUCAUUUUUUAUCAUUUACAUUUUAA